CGCGCGGGUACUGCCCAAGGGGGACGGGGCUGAUACGUCAUUGCUAAGCGACAAAGAUGCGCUCGGAGCCAGUCCGGUGAAGGAGCGGAGCAGACGGACGCAUCGAGGUACCUGCGGCACGGGCCACAGCUUGCCAGUUUUCUCCAUCCAAGAUAGCCCCUAUGGAUGCUCCCCUGGGUUGAAGUUACUACUGGCCAUCCCCCAGUCAGACCUGGCAUCCCAAGGUGAAGACACAGAGAGUGCUUUGUGCCAGCCCAGUGACCAGGGAGUGACGACAAGAGGGAAGGAAGCUGUGUGAUGAGAGAUGAGGACCCUGAGCUCAUCCAGGUCCCAGAGAUCCAGGCUCCCAGAAGCUCCCAAGGCUUUGGAUAAAGACCCCAACUCCUCUGAAGUGUCUGAGGAGUCCUGGCCAUCCAGCUCAGGGACCUCUUCUCCACCCAGCACCACUGAGGGACAGAUGGGAGCCUCCCCACCACCCACCCUGAUUGACAGUGGGGACUCUGUAGUGGCCAAGUAUAUAAACCGAUUCCGUCAGGCUCAACCCACAAGCCGUGAAGAACGCCAGCCUGCAGGCCCAACCCCAGCUGACUUUUGGUGGCUUCGGCCUGACUCUCCAGACCCCAACAGUCCAUUUGCAGCAGCAGAAACCAGUAAACCAGAAGGAAGACCCAACAAUGAAGUGCCAACUCUUGCCAAGGUUGUCAGUGCAUCACAAGUUAAGGCUAUGGCUCCCCUUCAGGAAAUAAAGCAGAGCCUCAACACAUGGAACUCAUCCCUGCUGGACCUGGAGACACUGAGUCUGCAAAGCAGAGCCGCCAUGCUGCUGAAACGCAGCAGGGCUUCUGUCUCAUCCUCCUCCCUCAGCCUCAGCGGUACCAGCAGCUCCUCAUUCCCUAUCAGCUCUGAUGACCUGUCUCCCUUCUCCAUGACCUUCACCCCUGACUCCGGCCAGGGCUCUGACCACAAGGAGCACAGAACCCCAGCACCCACCCCUAUCCCUGCUUCAGCCCCUGUCUCCUCCCGGGCACCCCUGCGGCCAGAGGAUGACAUUCUGUACCACUGGCGGCAGCGUCGGAAGCUUGAACAGGCUCGGAAGCUUGAACAGGCUCCAGGAGGCCAGGGCGAUGGAACCUGGAUGUUGCCCCAGACCCCUGCCCUCACCACUGCAAGCUCUCCGGCUCCUGCAGAGACAGUUGGUUCCCUGGGAACUCAGCCUACCUGUCUUCCUCUUUGGGGCAAUGUGCCCUGGCCUGCUCCCCAGGGGACCUUCCAUGUGGAAAGGGCUCCUAUUCUCACAGGAUUCUCUCCACACAUCUUUUGGGGUCCCAAUCCCCAUGGGUUCUUCUGGGCCCCACAGUCCGGUCCCUGGGUAUCUCUUGGGGCCAUUCCUCCCACGCCCUCAGCAUCUGCCCAGGUGCCUCCGGCCUCCACUCUUGCCCCCCAGGGCCCACCCACCCCUGUGCCAAGCAGCCCCGCCCAGUCCGAGAGGAAGGGCCCGAAGCCCCGCAAGAGCAGAGGUCCCCGCCAGGAGUCUGCUGGGAGAGUCACGGCCGCUGAGCAGGGGCCUGGCCCGCAGCUCAGAGGUGCGCUGGGCCAGGUAGUAAAGGCUCGGCUGUUCCCAGACCGCUUGGAGGACACGCCCCCUCGCCUUGAGGGUCCACCUCCACUGGAGACUGAAUCUCUGAAAGUCAAGGCCACACACCACCAUGCCAAGGUUAUGUCCUGCCCCUCAGAAGUAAUGCCCCCUCCGUCUGAAUCACGGUUUCCAUGGGCAGAGACCCCUCCAGGUCUGUCUACUACACAGCCUCGAAAUGUCAAGGCCGCACCUCCCCUAGUGCCCUCAGUGCCUAGGAAGGACAAAAAAAAAGACCCUCCCUCAGCUGAAGCUGGGUAUCUGCAGCCCAGGGUCCCGCCCCCUCCAGCUGAGGAGGUGGCCACUUGGGUCAAGGCCCCGCCAUCUUCACUCAAGGCAGGGUCUCUUGAGGCCUUGGCCAAGCCUUCAUCCUCCACUGAUCCUGCCCCCUCAGGGGACCUGCUGUCCCAGGCCAUUUGGCUUCUGCAGACUGCCGAAGACUCUGAUGGCAGCGAGUUCCAGGAUGACCCUGUACUGCAGGUGCUAAGGGUUCAACGGGCGGAGCUGCGGCAGCAGAAAAGGCAAGUGGAUGCCCAAUUAUCCCAUCUGCUGGACCACACUGAAGACCCAGGGUCUUGGUUUCCUCCAGCCAGGUGACCCUCCAGGUCCCCAGUGAGGCAGCUGCGGAGGGAAGGAGCCUAUCUUAAGGCUAGACAACUGAAUUGUAUAAAUCCCAUUUUUCCCAAUAAAAUAUUUUUUUCC